CAUGUGGUACAAUGUAAUAUUAAAAAGAAUUACAAUCUGACAGUAGCUAGCUAGCUAGUGUGUCACUGCACUGUAGCUGUGUGCGUGUUAGGAAUGCCGAGUGGUCGCACUCAUCGACUGGUGGUGCUGGGGGGAGAGAGAGUGGGCAAGACCGCCAUUAUUGAGCAGCUCAUGUAUGGAAAUCAUGUCAUUGGACACGGUGGUCUACCGACUGUGGGUGACAUCUACGAGGUUACCGUGGAGACUGAAAAGGCGACCAAUGAGAAGCUCCAGAUAUUCGACACACCUGGUUCAUUAUUCUCUGGAUCAGUCGGAAGCUCUGAGCAGGAUCACUAUCUGAGUGUGGCAGAUGGUGUGAUACUGGUGUAUGACGUCAGCUCUAAACUCUCCUUCGAUUUGAUUGUUUCUCUACGACAAAAAGUGGCCAUCAGAAAUAAUCAUAUUCCGAUGGUUGCCGUUGGUAACAAAGCUGACCUCGGAGGGGUGCGAGAGGUCACCACAGCCAAGGCUAGUCAGUGGGCACGGUCUCACGGUGUACGGCCAUUUGAGGUAACAGUCCUCAACAGAGAUUGCCUCAAGGAACCAUUCUCCUAUAUAGCGUGGAGGAUGGGGAACCCAGGCAAACCAUUCAGUGUACUGCCUCUGCUGACGUCAGCAUCUCUCUCCUUCUCAAACCACACCCCCAUCACCCCCCACCCCUCCACUGAGGCCACUCCUCACCAAGACGACACUCCGCUCAAUUCUCCCGAUAGUUUCGAUGGUGCCGCUGGUGGGAUGAGCCUUGAUCGUUACCAUGAUGACUCGAUGUACCCUUCAAGUAAAGGAACUCUGUUUUUUGCCGAUUGUUUGAGUAGUAAAAGCAAAGCACACUUUCACAGCCAAGACUAAAGCCAUCAAUCACUUUAUUCAGCCUCACAUCCUAGUCAACCUCAUAUCCUAUAGUAUCAUUUUUUCCACAUGACAUGGUUUACAUUUUUAUAAUGAAAAUGAAUGUACAUAAGCAAUUGCUAGUUAACGACCUUUACCAUUAUUUAUCUGUAUGCGG